CAUUUCUUCAGUCCUUUAUUGAGCUUAGCCGUGUGCGGAUGUGCAGCAAGGGCGCCGCGAUUCCUGAAAAAAAUUACGAUUUGGUUUUCAAUCGUGCUGAGUGACUUCUAGUGAAUUUUCUGUGAUCGUGAUAUUUAUUGACAAUUGUGACUGGAACAGAGCGUAGUGCCGAGCGGAAUUCCAGAUAUUUCUAUAGUUGAGGCUAAUGGAUCCCAACAAGACGAGUUGAGCUUCUAAGUGAAACAUGAAGCGCACCGCCAUUGCGUUUUGGCGCGAACUGCCAAUCGCUGUCACAUUUGCCUUUGUGACUUUGGUAUGCGCCGUUUCAGCCAGAGAUAUUGUAUUAGACGAUGACUAUACAGUAGUCGAAGCAACUACAAAUGAGAGACUUCGACUAAUUUGCGGGCUGAAGCCAAGAAAUCAGAUGCCAGCAGUUCGAUGGUUCUUUGACGGUAAACCAAUUGAAAAUCAGGGAAAAAAUCGGCUUAUGCAGCAAAGGCAAUGGUUAAGAAUAAAAGGCUUUCGCGCAAAAGAUGCUGGAGUAUACGCUUGUCAAAAUGAAGAAGACGAAAGUAAAGAAAUGAGUGUUACAAUUAAACAUAAACCAGAAAUCGAUGCUGAUAUUGAAGAAUAUCAAUCAGACGAUGUACAGCGACCCAUGCCAGAAAUACUAUCUCAACACUCAGCGCAGUUAGUCGAAAACAACACUAUAGACGAAACACACCGAGAAUACGACCCCAAAGACGACGACCCUGAUGAAAGAAAUGAAAAGGAGCAUCUGAAUUAUGGUCAUGUUGAUAAUACGAAGUCGAAGUACCCGCCCAAGUUCAAACAUCCACUGAAAAUGUAUAAUAUGGAAAUGAAGCCAGCAGGCAGUUCUAUUCGGUUCAAAUGCGCUGCUGAAGGUAAUCCUAUGCCCAACAUAACGUGGUAUAAAAAUAAUAUUACACCAAUAUCUAGGAGUUAUUUCAAACCAUCAUAUGGUAAAUGGUUGAUGUCGUUGGAUGAAUUAACCAAAGCUGAUAAUGGAAAUUACACUUGCAAAGUGUGCAAUGAAUUGGGAUGUAUUGAACAUGUUUAUACACUCCAUAUACAAGAGCAUCUAUACGCAAAACCUGUGUUGACGCAAGCAGCAGUUAAUCAAACGAAACUUGUUGGACAAACAGCGAAAUUCAGUUGCGAAUUUCUCUCAGACCUACAUCCAUCUGUUUACUGGAUGUAUUUUAACACACACGAAUAUAUUUAUAAUGUCUCAACGUCGGAUGCUGGCAGUAAAGAGCCGGUCGUGUACAGAGACGUUUCUAGAGUUGUUAUGACUGAAAAUCCAGAAGACUUGCCCGAACAGUUGACAAUAUACAACGUGACGAAAGAAGACGAGGGUUGGUACGUCUGUGUAGCUCUCAACUCUUUGGGAAACACAACUGCGAAGGGUUACUUGACAGUUCUUGAUUCGUUUCCUGUACCGGAAGCACUGGAUCACGGGAAACAUACAUUACUAAUAAACAUCUUGACUGCCGUACUCGGUGCUAUGUUCUUUGUGGCUGCUAUUAUCGUGGUGAUGAUAUUCAAAAAGUUAAAACAGGAGAAGUUAAAAAAGCAACUGGCUAUAGAAACCGCACGCGCAGUGAUUGUCACGCAUUGGACGAAGAAAGUUACCGUAGAGAAACCACUGAUGAAUGGAACACAGAAUAUUACUGAAGAGGGUUUGCUGAUGCCAGUAGUAAAGAUCGAGAAACAAAAGCUAUCUCAAGUGCAGAAAAACACUGAAGCUAUGAUGAUGUCAGAAUACGAAUUACCCGUGGACAUAGAUUGGGAAGUGCCAAGGGAGUCACUGUCAUUGGGCAAGGUUUUGGGAGAGGGAGAGUUUGGGAAGGUCGUGAAGGCAGAUUGUUUGGGGAUACUGAAGCCCGGUGUUCAGGCUGUGGUCGCUGUCAAGAUGCUUAAAGAGGGUCACACAGACGCUGAAAUGAUGGCCCUAGUGUCUGAAAUGGAGAUGAUGAAGAUGAUAGGAAAGCAUGUAAACAUCAUCAACUUGUUAGGAUGCUGUACUCAAGAUGGACCUUUGUACGUCAUAGUGGAAUACGCUCCGAAUGGAAAUCUGAGGGAGUUUUUAAGGAAUCACCGACCGGGAAACAGAUAUGAAUCACCAACUGAAGACCUGAAAGAUAAGAAAACGCUAACGCAGAAAGACUUAGUCUCUUUCUCUUAUCAAGUUGCAAGAGGAAUGGAGUAUUUAGCGUCUAGACGGUGUAUCCACCGUGACCUAGCAGCUCGUAAUGUGCUCGUGUCGGAUGACUGUGUACUAAAGAUAGCGGACUUCGGCUUAGCUAAAGACGUGCACAGCAACGACUAUUACCGCAAGAAGACUGAGGGCAGAUUGCCCGUGCGAUGGAUGGCGCCAGAGUCCUUGUACCACAAAGUGUUUACUACGCAGACUGAUGUCUGGUCCUUCGGUGUCCUCCUCUGGGAGAUAAUGACCCUCGGGGGCACCCCAUACCCCACGGUGGCGGGGCAAUACAUGUACCAGCAUCUCAGCGCUGGACAUCGCAUGGAAAAGCCACCAUGCUGUAGUCUGGAAAUUUACAUGUUGAUGCGGGAGUGCUGGUCAUUCUCUCCAGGCGAUAGACCGUCUUUCACUGAACUGGUGGAAGACUUGGAUAAGAUCCUAACGGUGACAGCCAACCAGGAGUAUUUAGAUCUGGGACUUCCUCAACUUGACACUCCACCUUCCAGCUAUGACGGCUCCGGAGACGAGAGCGACAGUGAAUUUCCAUUUAUAAAAUAACAUGAAAUGUAUGUAACAUCCUCUCUGCGAAUUAGAUAAAAAUGUUUAAUAUAUAUAAAAAUCAUAAUGUAGAAAAAAUGUUAAACAUAUACAAGUACAUACCAUCGGUAAACGUUGACAAGUUUUAAUAGAACCAGACUACUAUAUCUAUAAAAAAAUACGGCUCGUAGCAUAUACGACUUGUUGAAAGAAGUGACGUGUGAUAAAUUUUGAUGACAUAUGUUAUUUAUACCACAAUGUUACUUUUCAACGUUAAUUUAAAUAAUGCAGUAUUAUCAGUUUGUACGCUUAUUGAGUCAAAGCCCACCUCUCUUAUGAACUCAAAUAUAAUAUGGCCUAAAGUAUCAAAAGAGUAGGUGUUUGAGGUUUAUACGUUUAUAAAUAAAUUCUCAUAGCACACGUUAAGUUUGCACAAAGCAGACCUCGUUGAUCGCAUAUCGAAGUGAUGACUAUAUUUAUUUAUUUACCAAAAUUGUCUUGUAAAUAUAGCGUAGUGUAAAUAUUACCAAAGUUGGUCUGUUGUAUCUUUAUUACAUUUUAUAGUUAGUUUAAGUAUUUUUGCUGACAAUAAACUAUUUCUAUUGACUAAAAUCCAUAUUUUCGCACUUUCUACUAUUGUGUCUUCAAUGUACCUUAAUCAUAAAAGUUUAUCACUCUUAGGGCUCGUUUCAUAAUGUAUGGAUAAAGUGCCAAAUAGCUAUGCCUUCGCAUUUCAUGACGAAUAACGCUAUCUGACAGUCAUGAAACGUAAAAAUAAAUAGCUUAUUUGGAACUUAUCCGGACAUUGUGAAGCAGACCCUUAGUGUACUCUACUACUAAGUUCUGCCCUUGCAUUAGAGUAAAUACAAUUAGACGAGACGAAAAGUCGUAUGUUACUUAUGUACACGCGUUAGAAGUUAUACUUCUUUGGCGUAAGAAGGUAAAAUAUUUUAAUUUUUUUUAUCUUUCGCCCUAUUCUACGAUUUUAGAAAACCGACACUAACAUUAGAAAAACUAAAAUGUUGAAUAUACCUAACUUCAGGUCGGUUUUUCGGGACGGUGUGAGCGCGCAUCGUAAAAAUUUACUAUCAUCAUUUUUCCUAUCGCAUCAAAAGAAGUAUAACUUCAAAAAGAUUUUAAGUCAACAACGACUUCUAAAUAAGGGCGUAAAUUCACUACAAACUUAAAACUUUGUAGCCUGAAAAUGAGCAACGAAAAGGACGAAUUAAGUUGAUUAGGUACGACUCUCGCCAAUUUGUUCAUUGUUUCUGUUUCAUGUGCAAAGUACAGAUGAAAAAGAAAACGGUAGAACUUUUUGAAAAGAAAAUUUCGCCCUAUUUGAAAAUAAAACCCUCCAAAAAAUUGUUGACCGAAUGAGAUCGCUUAGUAGAGCCAAUAAAGCCUUCAACAAAUUCUUUCAAGUAUUUCUUGAAAUAUUUUAUUUAAAAUAUUUAUUUACUAUGCAUACACCAUGACGUAGAUCUACAAUGUAUUUAAGUGUCUCCACGUGUUCAGUAUAAUUUACACAGUAUAUUUGACUAUCAAUAACUUCAGACAUAUUAUUCUAGUCUGUCAUAAUAACAAUCAUGUAAUGCAUUUUAAAACCAAAUUAUUUUUGUACUUAAUUACUUUAAGGUUGAUUGAGUA